CGGCGCUCUGGUGGCGGCUCGGGCUCCCGCUCCGCUCCGGGUCCGCCCGGGCUGCAGCGGUCGUGCCGCUGGCCCCGUUCGGCUCGGAUUCCGGCCCGAGCCCCCUCGGCGCCGCCAGCCCCGGCCCCGUCCCGGGUCUCGGCGCCCGCGGACCAUGCGCCGGGCACCCCCCGGGGAAGCCGGCCGGGCCGAGAGCCCGCAGACACCAGGCUCCCGGGCCGGGGCCCCUCCCGGGCGCCCGGCCGGCGGUCCGCGCCCUGCCCCGCGCCCCGGCGCCGCCUGAGCCGGCGGGUCAUGGAGCGCACGCCGCCCGACGGGCCGCUGAACGCGUCGGGGGCGCUGGCGGGCGAGGCGGCGGCUGCGGGCGGGGCGCGCGGCUUCUCCGCCGCCUGGACCGCGGUGCUGGCCGCGCUCAUGGCGCUGCUUAUCGUGGCCACGGUGCUCGGCAACGCGCUGGUCAUGCUCGCCUUCGUGGCCGACUCGAGCCUCCGCACCCAGAACAACUUCUUUCUGCUCAACCUCGCCAUCUCCGACUUCCUCGUGGGGGCCUUCUGCAUCCCACUAUAUGUGCCCUACGUGCUGACUGGCCGCUGGCCCUUUAGCCGUGGUCUCUGCAAGCUGUGGCUGGUGGUGGACUACCUACUCUGCACCUCGUCCGUGUUCAACAUCGUGCUCAUCAGCUAUGACCGCUUCCUGUCAGUCACCCGCGCUGUCUCCUACCGGGCCCAGCAGGGCGACACGCGGCGGGCGGUGCAGAAGAUGGUGAUGGUGUGGGUGCUGGCCUUCCUCCUGUACGGGCCGGCCAUCCUGAGCUGGGAGUACCUGUCCGGCGGCAGCUCCAUCCCGGAGGGCCACUGCUACGCCGAGUUCUUCCACAACUGGUACUUCCUCAUCACGGCCUCCACACUCGAGUUCUUCACGCCCUUCCUCAGCGUCACCUUCUUCAACCUCAGCAUCUACCUGAACAUCCAGAGGCGCACCCGCGUCCGGCUGGACGGGGCGCGGGACCCCGAGCCCCCGCCCGAGGCCCAGCCCUCCCCGCCGCCCGCCGCGCCCGGCUGCUGGGGCUGCUGGCAGAAGGGGCGCGGGGAGGCCGUGCCGCUGCACAGGUACGGGGUCGGGGUGGGCGAGGCGGCCCCGGGCGCCGAGGCGGGGGAGGCGGCCCCCGGGGGCGGCAGCGGUGGGGGCGCCGCGGCCUCGCCCACCUCCAGCUCCGGCAGCUCCUCGCGGGGCACCGAGCGGCCUCGCUCGCUCAAGCGGGGCUCCAAGCCCUCGGCGUCCUCCGCGUCGCUGGAGAAGCGCAUGAAGAUGGCGUCCCAGAGCAUCACCCAGCGCUUCCGGCUGUCCCGGGACAAGAAGGUGGCCAAGUCGCUGGCCGUCAUCGUGAGCAUCUUCGGGCUCUGCUGGGCCCCGUACACACUCUUGAUGAUCAUCCGGGCCGCCUGCCACGGCCACUGCGUCCCUGACUACUGGUACGAGACGUCCUUCUGGCUGCUGUGGGCCAACUCGGCCGUCAACCCCGUCCUGUACCCGCUGUGCCACUACAGUUUCCGCCGAGCCUUCACCAAGCUGCUCUGCCCCCAGAAGCUCAAGAUCCAGCCGCACAGCUCCCUGGAGCACUGCUGGAAGAAGACGAAGAAGAAAACACGUCCGUGAACUCCAUGUUCCUUGGCUGUUUAAUCAAGAGAGACAAAAUUGCUGAGGAGCUCAGGGCUGGAUUGGCAGGUGUGGGCUCCCACGCCCUCCUUCCUCGCGCUGCUGCUUCCGGCUGAGCUGCGCCAGCUGCUUCUGCCCACCCCGCCCCCGGGCUCGGGGUGCUGGGCCCUGCCUGGCGGCUCCGAGCGCGGCCGGGGCCCCGGACGCCUGCUCGUCGGGAAGGCCGCCUCUCUUGCUUCAUCCGCUCCGGCCGAGGGGUGGGAGGGGGCCCCCGGGGCUCGCAGGGGCAGCCCCAGGACACCGGGGCCGUCGGCCACGUCCCGUGCACCCCGUCGGCGCUGUGCAUGCCCCGCUCCCCGCCUGCCCGCUGCCCUGCAGACUUCGAGGUCCACAGUAAAGUGUAUUUUUUUAUUGGUGCUGA